AUGAAUAAACUCGCCGCCAUGUUGCGCAAUGCCCGUCAAGGGGAACUCUGCGACUUGAGACUCGAAUGUGAAGGCGUCCAGCUCACCGUGCACAAGAUUGUUGUCUGCAACGAAUCUGAAAUGAUCAAAACUGCGUGCUCCGCGAACUUUCUAGAAAAGCGCACAAAUGUUGUCAGGAUGGAGGACUUCUCUCUGGCUACUGUUAAGCGGAUGGUGGAAUACAUGUACAUCGGAGAUUAUGGACUGGGUUGUGGUGAGAAAUGGGUGUCGGAGCUUGCCCACUCUACCUCCGAUACUAUCCCAGCUUCGACUGCUACUUCUGCGCCCGAGACCUCUUUCAUGGAUACGUCCUUCGCCGGGCCGGGCCCUGAUUCCGCGGAACUCACACAACCCACGACUGCAGACAUACUACGCCCUCACAUCCAGAUGAGUAUGAUUGCAGGGUACUACGUGAUACCAGGUCUCCAAGAUCUGGCACUAGAGAAGAUCAAGCAGGCGUCGGAGCAGACAUGGUCACCUGCAGGGUUUGAUGAGAUGGUGAAAGAGGUCUACGGGUCACUUACACAUCAGGCCACUCAAAAUCAUCUGGCUGAGAUGGCCAUCAAGCAUUUGCAUGACCUUCACCGCAACGAGGCACUAUUCCCUGAUGUGUUCUCCCGGCGUGUCAUCUCGACAAUGUUGCUACAGCUCGCCAAUGCCUUGGAACAGGCAAGUGAAGCUGGAAUACAGGCAAACGCGGAGCAGAUCCGGGCUUCUCACGCGGAGCAGAGAUUCAAAAGGCUGAGGGCCAAUCUCGAGGGAAUCAGAAAUAUCCGCAAGUGUCGUCAUUGUGAUCAGACCUUCGAUUCAUAUUUUGAACUAGCUAAUGAGGAGAGCCCCACGUGCAAGCUCCGAUGCAGGGCGUGUAACACCCGGCACAUUUGCCCACAGCCGUGA